AUGAAGUUCUCAACUGUCUUCUCUACUCUCGCAAUGGCUGCAUCCGCUCUCAGUGGUGUUGCAGCUCAAACCACGUCCAGGUGCUGGACAUCCGCUACGCCAGUCGCUGCUAACUACGGCCCGUUGGCUGACUUACGCACCGAUGCCGGAAUUUUCUGCAACGAGUACGCCGCGGGCCCUGGUAUCUCCUCCGCUGGCCGCCUCAUCUUCGGUUUCCAAUCCGCCGGGUUCUUUGGAAACUUUGCCAGCAACUCAUCGUGCUUGGCCACCUUCAACCAACUCGUCACCGACUGCUACGGUACCAACCCGAGUCGCCCAGCCACUCUCGGGGGUGUCCGCACUGACCCUGGAGGUGCUGAACUCGUCAUUGCAUUUGGUGAUGGAACCAAGCUUUAA